CUACAGCACUGAUAUGUUCGCUGACAACAGCGGAGCCAACUGCGUGUGGGAUGGACUCGAGGGGGGACAAAACAGGGUUACGGGCAGAUGUCCAUGGUGCAGUGGCGGCAGUAUUAUCGGUCAUGAUGGGGAGGUUCCUGAAAAGGAGGCUCAGAUAGAAAAGAAAAGAGAGCUUUGGGAGCAAAUUUUCGAGUUCCACUCUCACUCAGGCAUGUACUCCGCUCAAGCAUGUACUCCGCUCAGGCAUGGCACUGCAAUCAAGCCCCUUUCAUGCCCUGCUGGAUUGUCCCCCCAGUUCGCCAUAGUGUCCUGCUGCUCUUUCCGCGGUAUUGUUGGCAUUCAGGAUGCAAAUCCCUAUGCUCUUGAGAAGAAUCGGUUCUGCGGAAUGGCCUAUUUGUUCUCCAUUUUCACUUUCGGUGGUAGAACUGCGCCGCCCGAUGAUGGCGUUUAUUUCACUAAUGCUCGCAUGAUUACCGAAAUUGCAGGUGAUGAGACGGUCGGCCGCAGGCGAGCGGAUCGCUUGUACCAUUGUAUCUAGACGUCACAGAGCAGCGAAGCACAUAGAGUGCAGUCUGUGAUAUUUGUGUGGCUAUGUUACUUACUGUUGUGGCAUGUUGUUGCCAAAUUAGUAGUUUGCUGAUGGACAGCCCAGAAGGCUCCAAUCAACCAAGGU